CUUCUUUGCGGCUUGGUCGAGAUCGACUAGGGUUUACUGGGCUCUUCAGAUUAGUUCAGCUUCUUUUCACUCUCCGGUCCUUCCUCCGUCCUGGAGUCCUGGCGUCCUCGCUUCCUCUCGGCUGACGGCCUCGCCUGGUACCAGCAACCCGCCCACUCUCCCCACCUGGCUCCUGCGCCGACCUUCCACAUUAAACCCACAGUCCACCCCGCUACGUGCUUGACCGUCUUCUUGACACUGGCAGCCGCAACUUCUCUCCUGGAUGGGUGUCAACAUUGCCCAUCGCCAUCAUGAACGGUGUUUCGCGGUUCCUCAGCCGUCGUGACAAGCACCAUGAGAAGCGCUCGUCAAAGAACGGCCUUCACAAAUCUCGUCCGUCACAGGUCCCGUCAGACCUCUAUACGAUAUUUACAAAUGAAGACUCCAAGACCGCAGCCGACAAGGAUGUGGAGAAGAAGGUCAAAGCACUCCUCACGCGACUGCAGAGCGCUGGAAUUUCAAGGAUGGGAGAGGAGCAAGCGCAGCAUGCGCUCUCGUGGCAUCCCGGAGACCUCGACAAAGCCUACGACGUCCUAGUUCUCGCAAACGAAUCGAUCGAAGGGGAACUGAAGGACUACAAUCCAAGUGUUACAAUGUUGGGUGCGAUAAAUAGGAACAUGGUGACCUGCUACGUGGACGCAUUACUCUUCGCGAUGUUUGCCAGGCUGGACAGUUUUGAGGCCAUGUUGUACGAUAAUUUCGAUGAUGAGCCUAGGAAGAAACUUGCAGCCGUUUUACGACUAUGGGUAAACUUCCUGCGGACUGGGCAACUGAUCCAAGUUGACCUUACAAAACACCUCCAAGAAUCCCUAGCAAAGUGCGGGUGGGAGGACGCUGCUCAAGUCUGCCAACAGGACGCGUCCGAAGCCUUUACGUUCAUCACUGGUGCUCUCGAGCUACCACUGCUUACGCUGAAGAUGGACAUUUACCACACCGGCCGCGAAGACAAAGAGGACGAUCACAAAUUUGUCAACGAGCGCCUACUAGAGGUGGCAAUUCCAGAGCAGGAUGGAGACCAUGUCAUCACCCUGGAGGAUUGUCUCGAGACCUACUUCAACAACCGGAUCGAGGUCAGGCGCUACUUGCAACGGCAGAACACAAUAGCGUCCAUCAAAUCUAGAGAGGAAGAAGAAUCAUUCGACUUGUAUUCGGAGAAGAAUGAGACUAUACACGUCGAGACGCUUGAAUGGUCAGGAGCAGACUCCCCAAUCGUUGCCACCCCAACAUCGCUCGGUCCCUCUACACCCCUAAGUCCCAUUCGGCCCCUUGAUGGACGACGGCGCGCAGACAGUAUAUUCAGCCAAAGGUACACUCGCAAGUCGCCAGAAACGAGUGCAUUCGAUGAAAAGAAGCAUUUGGAAGACAUGCUAGAUCAUAGCACUGGAGGUCGGCCGCGGUCUGCUUCACUUCUUAGAAAGGAGAUCCUCAUGCCGGCCUGGCAGUUCUUCAGUCUUAUACCCUGGUAUACCGACAACGCCCCCAAGACAGACGCCCAGGUAGCGGCACAUUUCUCCGUGAAGCGUCCCGUCCUCGGCAUUUGCCUGAAACGGUAUACAAUGCUUCCAAAUGGCACACCGAAGCGUCUUGAUACAUACAUCGACAUUCCACUAGACAUUGGCUUGCCUCAUUUCAUCUCGGACGAAAGAAUGAAGGAAGAAGGACCACUGUUGGGCAACUUUAAGCUUGUUUUACAGUCGGUGGUCUGCCAUCGUGGUGUCUCAGUGCACUCUGGGCAUUACAUCUCCCUUGUCCGUGACGAUUCCAAUGAGAGUUCACGUACCCCAGACUCGGACGGCGCAGGACAACCGAGCACCUGGUUACGAUUCGACGACCUUUCGAACCCGCGUGUCACCGAAGUAGAUAUCAAAAGGGCGCUGCGAGAAGAAUCGCCUUACCUUCUCUUUUACCAAGUACAGCCAAUCAACGAAGAACUAGCAUCUAGGGGUGAUCCUCCACCGUAUGCCGAAUCACAGGCUGGAUUCGCAACUGCGGAUCCAUCACAGGAGACAUUGUCCUCUAUGGCUUCCACGGCUACUAUAGAUACCGACCCAGUCGGUGAUGGGGAGAAAGUAGCUUCGGCAGAUGCACAACCUGAAUUGAGCCAUUCGGAUGAACAAGUUGGUCGGAGUAGCAUAUCAAGCAAUCGAAGAAACAGUGUUGCAUUUGAGGAUAUCGAAGGGAGUGUAUCACGUGGUCGAACCCAACCACCGACACCAGACGAGCAGAAAUCCAGCUUUCUGUCAGCGUCCCGUCGGGGCUCUCGGACAUGGUUGGCAGGAAACAACAGAAGUCGGCCCAGCAGUCAAAGUGGCGAGGGCCGAUUGUCGCUUACUCUUUCUAGACUGACAGGUCGCGCUAGCAAAGACAAGCUACAGAUCACCGAAGGCAUCGAAACCGAGGACCCCGUGAUAGUCAUCAACGAGGUUCACAGUGCCGAAAACAUUCAGCAGGUGCACUCUCCAGCCAAAGAGAAGAAAGAUGCAGGUAUUUCGCGCAGCAAGAGCAAGAAGGAGAAGAAGAAGGAUAGGCUCAGGAGUAAAAGUAGAGAUCCAGGCGAGAACAUGGAGAAGAGCAAGCUGAAAGACAAGAAUCGACCGGAUCGGGAGUGUAUUCUUAUGUGACGGACCAGUUGUUUGUGUAUAUGUGCCUGGUCGGUCACUGUGUUUAAUCUGCAUUGCAUCACUCGCAGGCUGUCUGGGUGUAGCUGUCUGUGGGUUUGAUGUUGCGUUGCUUGAUUCAUUAGCGAGGCGUUCUGAUAAUACACAGGGGAACUUCUCUGGAGCCAGUAUUCUGUUAUUAUUGUAGGCAAAUGCAUGGGGUUGAUGGGUCAUAUGCAACCCUAGGAUAGACGAAUAUACCCCUAGACCUAUGGAGUCGGACAAUCAGAUGGUGCUGUCCGUCAGCGACAAUUGUCUGUUUCAAGUAGACAAC